GCUUGGGAUCAGAGUCAGGAUUAAGUGCAUGUAGGUAACAGUCUGUAGCCAGUGACUGCUCAGAAGCAGUAGACGUGAGUCCAUGCAGUCCCACUGGCUUCUCCCUUGUGGGAAAUUAAACUGUGGAUAUUUGCAGAAGAUGAAGAAUGAGACAAAGAUAAUAAGAGAUAUCUGAGGCUUGCUGUCCUUCCUUUGACUGCGUCUGCUGCCCAUAGCAACCAGUAGCCAAGAUGAAGGUGAAAUGGACCAUGCUGGGCAUGGUCGUCUUCUUUCUGCUCUCCUUGGUCAUGACUUUCUGCUUCAUAUGGCAGUAUAGGAUGCCAAAGCUGAAGAUAGAAGUGGGUGUAAAAGAAUCGAGAGCAGAGGAGAUGUGCCCUCUGUUUCCUCAGCCUGUGCCCCUCAAACAUCCCAUCACAUCGCUGAGGGUGGCCUUAGAAAAGAUAGAUAUACUCUUGAGGUCGAGCAUUCACAGCACCAAGCUGCAAGCCAUGUCAGCCAUUGUGGUUUUAAAUGACUCGAUUCUGUGGAAUGGAAACUUUGGCAAGAAAAACACAAGCGACCCCUCCUCAUCUGCACCAAACGAGUACACAGUGUACAGAAUUGCGAGCCUGUCUAAGAUCUUCCCCACACUGAUGUUGUACAAGCUGUGGGAGGACGGCCUGGUGGACUCUCUGGACGACCCGCUGGAGAAGUACACAGACAACUUCACCAUUAAGGACCCCCUGUGGAAAAGUAGGGGACCCGCAUCUUCAUCAGUAAGGACUUACAGCCACCGCUAUCCUGGACUAACCCUGCGCAGGAUGGCCAGCCAGCUCUCUGGGUUACCCAGAAGAUUACGGUCAACUAAUCUCCUUUGGAGUGGAGACACAGAGGCAGCCCUUAAUUUGUUGCAAGAUGAUGUCCUUGUGGCAGAUCCAGGCACCAAAUGCCACUACAGCAAUGUUGCUUUUUCCUUAUUGGCCAACAUCUUGGGCCAGAAGGUGACUGGCUCAGACUUUGAGAGCUGGGUGUCAGACAAUAUUCUGGAGCGGCUCAACAUGAAGGACACUGGUUUUAACCUAACUCCGGCCAUUCAGAGGCAGAUGGCCGUGGGUGUGUACAGCAAUGGCCAGCCAGCUCCCCUCUACAACCUCGGCUGGUACCGACCUGCAGGCCAGAUGUAUUCCACAACAGCGGAUAUGGCCAAGCUGAUGAUUACUCUUCUGGGUGCAAAUCGCGGGACCCUGCUCCGCCAAGACACCCUAAACACCAUGCUGACUCCGGUCUUCCGAUGCCACAGUGGCUACUUCGCCAACUCCACCGGCACACCAUGGGAGAUCAAUGAGCAGUUUGACUAUGAAGUGGUGAGGAAAGACGGCGACCUGGACGGAUAUGCGGCCACCCUCUCCCUGGUGCCACGGCUUAAACUGGGACUGGUGAUCUUGAUAGCUGGGGUUCGGCCUACAAACCAGGACCUUGUGAGCCAGGCCUACAGCUAUCUCAUCCCUGCAGUGGCAAGGGCUUUCAGGGAAGCUCGACAAACUCUAAGACCACCACCAAACCCAGCUCCAUAUGUGGGCUUUUUCACUUACAGGAAUAUGACUUUCUAUGAGAUCAAGGUGGACUCAGACGGGGUGCUGGUUAUGCAGCAAUUCGGACCACAGGUGGACACAACUGUGCCGUCCAAGUACCGAACUCUUCGGCUGGAUUACCUGCAGGACAGGGUGUUCAGGGUGGUGUUUGAGAGCCCGUACCCUUGCAAGCUUAAAGUUAACAGUGCCUCUGUCUCCCUGGAGGCACAGGACAGACAGCUCUUCAACUUUUACCUGUUCAACAACAAAGGUAUGUCGCCAGGGUUUGAUUCCCCAGGACUCAACACUUACAAGGUAACCAGGAUAGCUGGUAGACCGCACUUUAUAAAGACGGGAAUCUAACUCAGAACUUGUUUGGCACUGUAACUGGAGGUUGUGUCAAGGACAAAUGCAGCGGGAAACACAUGGCAGUUUUUCAACUAUUAUUCAAUCAACUGGUCAGUGGUCAUAUAAUACUCUCUUGCCUGAGUUCAAUGUGAUUCAUCUGAAAGGUCCCAUGGCACUAAAAUUUCACAUUGAGGAUUUUUAAUAUUAACAUGCGUUCCCCCAGCCUGCCUAGGUCCCCCAGUGGCUAGAAAUGGAGAUAGGUGUAAACCGAGCCCUGGGUAUCCUGCUCUGCCUUUGACAAAAUGAAAGCUCAGAUGAGCCGAUCCCCUUUCUCUCUUUUGCCCGCCCAGAGAAUUUGGCCCACCCAUGAGAGAGAGACAUCAUGGCUUUCAAAUGAGCAAAGUUGGUCAAGACCACAACCCCAGCCCCCAUCUUGCCCCCUCCUUCUUUUCCUCAAAAUCUACAGACUCAGAAAUGGCACGUCCUAAGGAAAGCUCGUUGUGGGACUGGCUCUAGUGGCUGUAAUUCUGCACCAAGGCGGAAUUUUGGGAAAGAGACUUCAGAUACAAUAUUAGGGGACCACUAAGGUCUAUAUAAAAGAGACUUCAGAUACAGUAUUAGGGACCACUAAGGUCUAUAUAAAAAAGACUUCAGACACAGUAUUAGGGGACCACUAAGGUCUAUAUAAAAGUAUCCAAAGAGCACCAUAUCAUGGGACCUUGAACUUACUACUGAACAUACUAUUUGAUUCAGUACCACUGCUUAAAACACCUAUUAUCUUUGUCCAAAUCUCCAAAGGAAUCUCUGGACUACCACGAGCAAAGAAAAACUGAUGACAGUGCAGUAAAAAUGUUUCCUCAGAUGUGUUUGGUGUAAUACUGGAUGGUGUGGCAGUAUUUCAGCCUUUAAGUGCCUACAGUGUGACCUAGGAGGAGGAACAAACGACUGAUUAAAAUGUCAAGUGCUCAAGUUUUCCGAGAUUUAAAUCCACCAGGGAAGCGUACCAGCAUGCUAUGAGCAGAAAAUAGUUAUGAGAUCAUGUGCUAAAUGUUGUGAACAUUUUCUGUAAUAAAAUGAAUUCAAAGAAA